CGUAGUGCGUCCUAGUGGGGGAGGGGGCGUAGGCAGCGUGUCCUUCCGUGGGGCAGGGCCAGCCGCUUGCCAGCAGGUCAAUUAGGGCCGGAGUGCCCCCUCCAACCCCUGCCUCCCCCCCCCCGCUGCCCGUGAGUGUGUGUGUUCGCGCUGAUUACAGUAAUUUUAAGGGUGAUGUUGCAAUGGGCCAGAGUGUGCGGGGCGGCCCGUGCUGAACUUUAUAACGCUCCCGCAUGUCAGCCGCCCUCGAUAUUGCGUCCGUAAUCGGGUCAGCGGGAGCAGCGGCCGACAUCGCUGCAUUCGCCGCCUCCCUCCUGCCUCCGGGCCGCCCGGCCAGGAAGGGAAGUUAUUUGGGAUUACUGCGGCGGCCGGGAGCCGAGUCACAGCUUCAGUGUUGCCGCUCCGCACCCGGGUUCUCGGCAGGGAGCAAGAUGAGGGGCAAAGAGGAGAAAUCGUCGCUUAAAGCAUUCAUGAAGCAGAGAAGAAUGGGGCUAAACGACUUCAUUCAGAAGAUAGCCACUAACUCCUAUGCAUGCAAGCACCCUGAAGUUCAGUCUAUCUUGAAAAUCUCCCAGCCUCAAGAGCCUGAACUUAUGAAUGCUAAUCCUUCUCCUCCGCCCAGUCCUUCACAGCAGAUCAAUCUUGGUCCGUCAUCCAACCCACAUGCCAAACCAUCAGACUUUCAUUUCUUAAAAGUGAUUGGAAAAGGCAGUUUUGGAAAGGUUCUUCUUGCACGGCAUAAGGCAGAAGAGCAGUUCUAUGCUGUUAAAGUCCUGCAGAAAAAAGCAAUCCUGAAGAAGAAAGAGGAGAAGCACAUUAUGUCAGAGCGCAAUGUCCUGCUGAAAAAUGUGAAACACCCCUUCCUGGUCGGGCUUCACUUUUCCUUCCAAACUGCAGAUAAAUUGUAUUUUGUCCUGGACUACAUCAAUGGUGGAGAGUUGUUCUACCAUCUCCAGAGGGAGCGUUGCUUCCUGGAGCCAAGAGCCCGAUUUUAUGCUGCUGAAAUUGCCAGUGCACUGGGCUACCUGCACUCCUUGAACAUUGUUUAUCGUGACUUGAAGCCAGAGAAUAUCCUGCUCGAUUCACAGGGACACAUUGUCUUGACUGACUUUGGACUCUGCAAAGAAAACAUAGAGCACAAUGGCACGACAUCCACCUUCUGCGGCACGCCGGAGUAUCUUGCUCCUGAAGUUCUUCAUAAGCAGCCCUAUGACCGGACUGUGGACUGGUGGUGCCUAGGAGCAGUCCUGUAUGAGAUGCUGUAUGGCCUGCCGCCCUUCUACAGCAGGAACACGGCAGAAAUGUACGACAACAUCUUGAACAAACCCUUGCAGCUGAAGCCAAAUAUUACCAACUCUGCUAGACAUCUCCUGGAAGGCCUCUUGCAGAAGGAUAGGACAAAGAGGCUUGGUGCCAAGGAGGACUUCAUGGAGAUUAAGAAUCACAUCUUCUUCUCCCCAAUUAACUGGGAUGAUCUCAUUAAUAAGAAGAUUACACCUCCUUUUAACCCAAAUGUGAGUGGCCCCAGUGACCUGCGACACUUCGAUCCGGAGUUCACAGAUGAGCCAGUCCCCAACUCCAUUGGCCAGUCCCCAGACAGCAUCCUCAUCACUGCCAGUGUUAAAGAAGCCGCUGAGGCAUUUUUGGGAUUUUCGUAUGCCCCACCUGUGGACUCUUUCUUGUGAACAUUUUUAUUUCUUUUUUUUUUUUUUUUUUUUUUUCCUUUUUUUUUUUCUUUUCUUUUUUAAUAAUAAUAACUAUUAUUUUUAUUUUUGUAUGGGCUUCUGGUGGAACUGCCAGUUGACCAGUCAUCUUGAAAGAGAAUUUGCACAUUUCCACCAUGGCAGCUUUGCAGCCUUAAUUUCAACUACACUGUUCGCUGGAAGCUUUUUUGAAGAGCACAUCACUCUCUAAAUGAGCUUUACAGGCUUUUCAUUUCCAUUUGUUCUUCCCCCAAAGUGGUGCUGUCUCCUUGGGAAAGAAAAACAAAAGUGUCUGCUGCCAUAGACUGCUGUGGCAGAUCGUAGGAGUAAGAACAAGCUGUUUUGAAAUCGUGCUCCGAAAAGCCUUGCCUGAAGAUCUGUCUGAACGUGAUAAGGAUUUUAUGAAAUGUGCCUUUUUCUGAUGAGAUCUUGUGAGCUCCAAAGCUUUCCCUGUUGCAGAGUGUGUUUCUCAGUUCAUUUAUGUGGGUUUACUAUGUGAACAAAUGGUAUGCGUGUGGUCUGCGUACUACAGAUGGACUUAGUUUAAAGCAUCAAUGUGACACUUGCAGGAUACCACAAUGUGGGGCAUUGUUUGUUUCUUCCAUAUUUGGAAGAUAAAUUAAGUGUAAUUUUGAAAUUUCUUUUGUAAAUCUAUACAGUCAACUAAAAUUAUUGAAAUGGGCUCACAAUUACUUGUAUCCAAAUGCUUGAAGAAAGCAUUGCUGCUAUGAAAAAAGAUUUCUAUUUUUAGAAAGGGUUUUUAUGGACCAAAAUGCCCCAGCUGCAGUCGAUCAAAGCUGUUGGUUUUUUUUCUUUUUUUCUUUUUUUUUUUUUUCUUUUUUAGUUUAAAAGAUGUCAUCUGUAAAAUGGGCACUAUUUAUGGUUUUGGGUUUUUUCAUUCCUGAUUGUAUGUAUUGUAAAAAAGAUCUGUACAUUCAGUUGUAACUCUAGAUGUAUAUUUAAACUUACAGACUUACUUGUUAAUGUAUACCAUCAUUGUAAUGUAAUAUAAUUAACAUGGUUCUAUGUAUCAUAUUUUUUUUGUGACCAAACCCAUUGGUUUGCAGUAAAAUCCUGAAAAAUA